AUGGUGAAGUCAAGUGUAGCAUUAUUGUGCAAAAGUACUUCAGCGUUGAAGAGACGUAAAAUCUAUGAGACAUCUGAGAAGUGCUUAAAACAGAUUACACAUUUAUACCUAAAUGGUAAAAAUCUAGAUGAACUGGGUCAGGAAAUCGCUCUGUGUCAGUGCCUAACUGUUCUCUACCUGUAUGACAAUAAGUUGAAAUCUAUACCAGAAUACUUAAACUUAACCCAGUUGACACAUUUAUAUCUUCAAAAUAAUCGCAUAAGUCGUAUGGGAAACUUGAACUCAUUAGAGAAGUUAGAAAAGCUUUUCCUCAGCCGAAAUUGUAUCAGUAUAAUUGAAGGCUUGGAAGGAUUAAUCAGACUGCAAGAAUUACGCAUUGACAACCAAAAUUUGAAUCCAGGCGAAAGUCUAGUCUUUGAUGAUCGUAGUCUGAAUUCUGUAGCAAAUAGUCUUAUAUGCUUGGAUGUGUCAGGUAACAAACUGGACACCCUACAAGAUUUGAGUAACCUUCAUGCCUUAAUCUCUUUGAAUGUAUCGAAUAAUUCCAUACGAUCUAUCCAUGAUCUAUCUACAUCACUGAAUAAAUGGUCAAACCUUAAAGAGUUCUAUAUAAAAGGCAAUCCUGUCAUGAAAACAACUCGAGCGAGAGAUAUCAUCAUUGUAACUGCAAAACGUCUAGAAAUGCUGGAUAAUAAGGCGAUAUCUGAACCAAAUAGACAAUUUUUAGAAAAUUGGAACCAGUAUAAGAGUUUUAAUCUCGAAUUGUCAAAAUGUCCUAUGAACAAACAAAUUACACUUGGUUCGAAACCUGAACUCAUAGACUUAUCACAUCAGUAA